GAGUGGAAGGAAGAGAGAGAGUCUGGAGGUGGCCAUAGAUUGUAGCUGCCUGAAAUGUUUCCUCUUAACUACCAAACCCUGAGAACAACUGGCCACAUCCACAGUUUUGGCAAAGCAUCACUUCAUGGACUUCCUUCUUGUGCUUGUAAAAUUUGCUAUGCAAGGCCAUGUAAAAGCCACUGACCAUUGACUUCCUUCAUCGCAAAGACUAGACUGCAGGUUAAAAUGGGGAACUCAGAAAGUCAGUACACCCUCCAAGGAACUAAAAAUCACAACAGUACUGUUACUGGUGCUAAGCAAAAGCCUUGCUCCCUGAAAAUCCGCAGCAUCCAUGCCAAAGACGAGAAAUCAUUGCAUGGAUGGACUCAUGGAAGUGGUGGAGCAGGUUACAAGUCCAGGUCCCUGGCCCGAAGUUGCCUUUCUCACUUUAAAAGCCAUCAGCCUUAUGCCACAAGACUCAGUGGACCCAUGUGCAAAGUCCCCAAAGGACUUGUCUCCUCCAAGCAUGGGGCAAACGGCCCAGGACAUGAUUUCCAGGGCAACAAUGCUGCUUUCUCACUGGAGAACAGCUUCCACUGUGUUGGCCAUGAGCCAGCAGAUAACCACAUCACCUCGAGAGACUGUGGCAGGCACCUUCUCAACUGCUAUGGGAGAAAUGAGAGUGUGGUCUCCACACUGCCAGGCGAGGACCGUCGCAGCCCCCGAGUGCUCAUCAAGACUCUGGGGAAACUGGAUGGAUGCUUAAGGGUUGAGUUCCACAACAGUGGUAACCACAACCAAGGACCUGCAGAGGACCCCAGGGGACCGGUGCAGCUGCUGAGGUACUCGCCUACAUUGGCAUCAGGAAUGUCCCCUGUGCCGGAAGCCAGAAGGGAUUCCAGUGCUGACUCCCCAUCCAGCCAGCGCCCUUCUCCUACUGACUCUCACCUGCGCUCCAGCAAAGGCAGCUCCCUGAGCUCUGAGUCAUCCUGGUACGACUCCCCUUGGGGCAAUGCUGGGGAGCUGAGCGAGGUGGAGGGCUCUUUCCUGGCCCCCAGAACACCUGAUCCCAGCCUUCCUACCAGCUACCCAUCCAGUGACACCAAAAAGCCUUUCAACCAAAGCUCUUCUCUGUCUUCCCUCCGGGAACUGUACAAAGAUGCCAAUCUGGGGAGCCGCUCCCCCUCUGGCAUCUGCCUUUCCGAUGAAUACAUCAGCUCACACGCCAGUCUAAGCAACCGUGUCUCCUUUGCCUCUGACAUCGAUGUGCCCUCCAGGGUGGAGCACAGGGAGCCUGUCCAGUAUGGCUCCUUCACCCUCCCCUGCCGGAAGUCCAAAGCCUUAACCGAGGAUACUGCUAAGAAGGACACCCUCAAAGCCAGAAUGCGACGCAUCAGUGACUGGACAGGGAGCCUGUCCAGGAAGAAGAGGAAACUCCAGGAGCCUCGGUCCAAGGAGGGCAGCGACUACUUUGACAGCCGCUCUGAUGGGCUGAAUACAGACGUCCAGGGACCCUUGCAGGCAUCUGCUUUACUGUGGUCUGGGGGCUCUGCUCAAAUCCUGUCUCAGAGAAGUGAAUCCACUCAUGCGAUUGGCAGUGAUCCCCUCCAACAGAACAUUUAUGAGAAUUUCAUGCGGGAGUUGGAAAUGAGCAGGACCAACACUGAGCACGUAGAAACAUCCACAGACACCGUGGAGUCCAGCAGUGAGUCACUCAGCUCUCUGGAGCAACUGGAUCUGCUCUUUGAGAAGGAACAGGGAGUGGUCCGGAAAGCCGGGUGGCUCUUCUUCAAACCUCUUGUCACCUUGCAAAAGGAGAGGAAGCUGGAGCUGGUAGCUCGGAGGAAGUGGAAACAGUAUUGGGUGACACUUAAAG